AUGCAUCACUCCCAUGAUAAAGAAGAGAAUGUGCUUCAUGUGCUAGAGCUAUACAAACAGAAAGUUAAGUAUCUUACUGGCAACAUAGACUUUCUGAAAGAUGAGCAUCACAAGAUUUUAAAGAGCUUACAUGAAGAAAUUGAACGUAUGAAAUAUGAGAACAAGGAGCUCAAGUUUAAAUUGAUUAUUUCGGAUGGUAAUCCACCUGCUUGGAUGCAGGAAAAAGGAUGGCAUGAUAAAAAGGAAAGUAAAAGUGCAGUUUCAAGUUCACCUUCCAGGAGAAACCAUAAGGUUUAUGAUGAAGAGAUCAGUUUGUUGCGGGAUAAUCUGAGCCAUGAAAAGAACAAGAACAAAGUGCUGCAAGAAGAACUAAACGCCAUGAACUCACUUGAUCUCGAUUGCAAUCUAAACGAAUCACCUGAUGAAUUUGAUCUUGAUGUUCCUAACACAAUUGAAGAAUGCUACACUUUGAUCAGCUCUCUGAGGUCUGAGAAUGAUGCCCAGCAGAAGGAGAUAGCAUACCUUCAAGGAAAAUUAAAUGAACAAGACAAUUCUGCCCAUUCUCAAGCCAGUGAUCAUCGGGUUAUGUCAUCGCUGCCUGCUUUGAGACCAGCCUUGCAAAGUAAGGUUGUUCAUCGGAUGAAGAGACAACAAAUAAUGACCAAAGAGAAGAACAGGCAUGACAUCUUAAAGGAGUUAUAA